AUGGAUAGACCUGUAGGAGCAGCUCCUGCUUUCGGAGCCUCAUGGGAAUCUCUCAACCCACCUUUAUCACCAUGGAUUAUGGAUGUCAUAAACAAAAUGGGAUUCAAGAAUAUGACUCCAGUCCAAUCUGGUACUAUCCCACGAGCGAUUAAAAAUCAAGAUUGUGUGGUCGAAGCCGUAACCGGAUCAGGUAAAACAUUGUCUUUCGUCAUACCUGUCUUGGAGAGAAUUUGUAGAAGAGAAAGGAAAUAUAAGAAAGGUGAAUUAGCAGCCGUUGUCAUUGCUCCUACCAGGGAACUUGCUACUCAAAUACAUGAUGUAUUCCAUCAUUUCUUAUCAUCCCUCCAACCUAUACCUCCCACCGAUGAAGCAGAGUCAUCAAUGGAUAAUCAUGUCGCAUCGAAGACCAAAGCACCAUAUCCAUUACCUAUCUUGGUAACUUCAGGCACACCUACGCCCUACGAGACUUUUCAAUCGUUAGGAUCAAAUAUCGUAAUUGGAACUCCAGGUAGAUUAGCUUCAUUCUUACUUUCGCCAAGAGGAUUGAAUGUUGUCAGAGUAUCAGAAUUAGAUGUGUUAGUGCUAGAUGAAGCGGAUAGGUUAUUAUCGAGUCCUGAUCAUAGAAGGGAUGUAGAAAGGAUAAUGAGACAUUUACCGAAACAAAGAAGAACUCAUUUGUUUUCAGCUACUAUGACUGAUGCAGUCGAAGAAAUCAUUGGUCUGGGUUUGAGAAAUCCAGUUAGGAUCGUAGUCAAUCUAAAGGAUAAGAAAAAGGGUGAAUUACCAAUUGAAAGAAGGACUCCAACUGGACUACAGAAUACAUAUCUCGUCUGUCGACAUGCAGAGAAAACUUUACAACUCAUCAGAAUACUUCAAGCAGAAGUGAAACAGCAUGAAUCAGCGAAAUUUAUCGUCUAUUUCUCGACGUGUGCAGCGGUCGAUUACUUCUAUCGAGUAUUAUCUCGUCUACCAGCUUUAUCAGGUUAUCACCUUACAUCCCUUCACGGCGAUUUACCACCUCGAAUAAGAGAAACGGCUUUGGCGAAUUUCAUAAAUCACCCAUCAUCACAUCUAUCUCCAGCUGUAUUGCUAUGUACGGAUGUAGCUGCCAGAGGAGUAGAUUUCCCUGACAUAGAUGUGGUGAUACAAUACGACGCUCCAACUGAUCCUAAGAGUUUUUCACAUCGAGCUGGACGUACAGCACGGGCAGGAAGAAGGGGUAAAGCAGUUGUUUUGUUGGGUAAAGGGAGAGAAGAAGACUAUAUAGAUUUCUUGGCAAUAAGGAAAAUCCCGUUGAUAAAGCAAGAAUACCUAGACUCAUCUUUGGAAAGAACGGAAAGUCCUCCAGAGGUCGAUCCAGGUGCUUUAACACUUUUAACAGACAUCAGGAAACUAGUACUGACCGAUAGGGAAUUAGCAGAUAAAGGUGCAAAAGCAUAUGUAUCUUCUUUAAGGGCUUACACGAAGCAUGAAGCUUCAUUCAUUUUCAGAUUACAGGAUAUCGAUUUUCAUGCUCUGGCGAUAUCGUAUGGAUUACUCAGAUUACCAGCCAUGCCUGAAAUCAAAGAUUGGAAGAAGAAACGUGAAGCCCAACUGAAAAGACGUCAGUUGGCUCAGGAGGAGCAAGAGGGGGAUAAAGCCGAUGACAAAGAAUGGCUGGAAUGGGAAGAUGAGACUGUAGAUUGGGACGCAUUCGCUUAUGCAUCGAAAUCACGUGAAACCGCACGAAUAGCUGCGUUAGCUAAGAAAGGUGAAGAGAAGAAAUCCGAAUCUGAAAUUGCAGAACUGAGAGCAAAGAGAAAGAUCAAAAACCAAAUGAAAGAAGCAUGGUCUGAGAAAAAAGAAAAGAAAGAUCGUAAAGAGGAAAGAAGAGAUAAGAGGGAUAAAAGAAAACAGGCUGAAUGGGAAUUAGCUCAGGCCAAUGGAGAAGAUCCAGCUUCGACUUUAGGUUUAGGUCCUAUAGCUUCGAUGAGAGCGAGUAAAAAACAGAAGUUGCUCGAGAAGAAUGGAGAUGGAAUUGAAAAUGGGGAUGGCAGUGGAGAUGAAGAAGUUGGAAUUGAGUGGAAAUCAUUAAGGAAAGAAAUUAAAGUUGAAAAAAGUAACAAGAAAUCUAAAAAAGAUGUUGGAGGUGGAAUGUUUGAUGAUCUGGAGUAG